AUGGAUAAUUUAGAACCUAAUGUGGUUGUUGUGCGUGCUAAGCCCGAAGGCCAAAGACGAACAUUUAAACCAAAUAUUCGUUCGGUAAAUAAAAUACCUGAUGAAUUACUAAAUGACCCUGUUCUGAAUAGAGCAUGUGAAACAUUACCAUCAAACUAUAAUUUCGAAGUGCAUAAAACAAUAUGGAGAAUAAGAUCUCUCGGUUCAAAAAGGGUAGCUUUGCAAUUUCCAGAAGGUCUCACAAUGUUUGCCACGACGCUAUGUGACAUAAUCGAAACAUUUACUGAUGCUGACACAGUAAUAAUGGGUGAUGUAACCUAUGGAGCCUGCUGUAUUGAUGAUUUCACAGCAAUAGCUCUAGGUGUUGAUCUGCUAGUACAUUAUGGACAUUCUUGCCUUAUACCUAUAGAUCAAACUAGUAAUAUAAAGGUUUUGUAUGUAUUUGUAGAUAUUAAGAUAGAUCCUUCUCACUUUAUAAACACAAUUAAGUUAAAUUUUCCUCUAAAAACCCAUUUGGCUAUAGUUAGUACAAUUCAAUUUGUUACAACAUUACACUCUGUAGCUAAAACACUUCGGAGUGAUGAAUACAUAGUUACAGUUCCUCAAUGCAAGCCUUUAUCUCCUGGUGAAAUUCUUGGUUGUACAGCUCCAAAGUUAGAUGCGGAUAUUAUAGUUUAUUUGGGUGAUGGAAGAUUUCAUCUUGAAUCAAUUAUGAUAGCUAAUCCAAACAUUCCUGCUUACAAAUAUGACCCAUAUGAUAAGAAAUUUACUUCUGAGACAUAUGACCAUAAAUUAAUGCAGUCAAAUAGAAAAAAUGAACUGACAAUAGCACAAAAUGGAUCUAAAUUUGGUCUUAUUCUGGGUACUUUAGGGCGACAAGGAAGUACUAAAGUUUUAAAUAAUUUAGAGAAACAAAUACAGAACACAGAAAAGAAAUAUGUAAAAAUAUUAUUAUCAGAAAUAUUCCCUAGUAAAUUGACUUUAUUCAAUCUGGAUGCAUUUGUGCAAGAAAUAGUAAAUGGC